AUGGAGGCCGAUGCGCCAAGCGGCGUGAAAACGAACAGUGACAACGGCCUCUACUGUGGCGCCUUGGAGUCGGAAGGUUUGCAGAUCCUAGCUCCCGCCGGGCGCCACAGUAACGUAACGGUUAGCCCGACGCUAUCACAGCUCGGGCUGUCGAAGUUCAAUGCCAGCGCUAUCUGGUACGAAGUCCGCUAUCAGGAACUCGCCAACAACAUCUUGAAGUCGUUUCCUGAUGCGGAUGUUUCUGGAGAUGUCGGGAGGAAUGGCACCUUUGAGAUUCAGAUCAAUGGCCGGCUAGUCUUCUCCAAACUGGAAACCAAAGGGUUUCCUUAUGAAAAUGAUAUUCUCAGCGCCAUCGAGAAGGCCAGCCAAGGCACAGACAUAGAGAAGAUCGAAAACAGCCGUCCUCCAUGCAUCAUUCUAUAAAACUGCUUGCCAUGCCUUCUGCUCCUCCUGGUUUCAUAACCUGCUCUACUCUCGGCUCUUAACCCACGUCUAGUGGGUGGCGUGGAAUCUGUAAUUCAAAUCACAGCACUGGGGGGGGGGUUGGUCCCUCUGCCCGCGAUGUUGCACCGAACCGAUUAAGUUAGUAAUCAUAUGACCAACUAAACUAAUCCCUUCCGCCUGCACAAUGUCCAUAUCCCUUACAUUUUCCUCACAUUCAUGUGCCCAAACAUCUCCUAGAAGUCCCUAAUGUAUCUGCCUCUACCACCACCCCAGGCACCCCCCAUUCUUGACCCUCACAUCUCCUUUGAAAUUACCCCCUCUCACUUUAAACUCAUGCCCUCUGGUGUGAGACAUUUCAACCCUGGGGGGGGGGGGUGGAGAGAAAAGAUACUCCUUGUCUACUCUAUCCAAUGAGCCCCUAUCAGAUUUCUCCUCAUCCUCUACUGCUCCAGAGAAAACAACCCAAAAGCCGUUUGACCUCUCCUUGUAGCGCACGCCCUCCAAACCAGGCGGCAUCCUGGCGAACCUCUUCUGCCCCCUCUCCAAAGCCUCAACAUCCUUCCUCUCGUGGGGACGACCAGAAUUGUGUGCGAUACUCCAGGUGUGACCAAACCAGAGUUUUAUAACUUCCUGACUUUUGAACUCACUGCCUCGACUACUAUAGGCAAGCGUGCCGUGUGCCUUCAAAACCACCCUGUCAACCUGCGUAACCACUUUCAGGGGGCUACGAAUUUGGACCCCAGGAUCCCCCCCACCCCCAGCUCAUCAACACUUGCCCUUAACACCAUACUGUUUCCUGGCAUUUGACCUACCUGGGGCACAACACUUCACACUUGCCCAGAUUAAGCAACGCCUGCCGUUUCUCUGCCCAUAGUCGGCAACUGGUCGAUUUCCUGCUGUGUCCUUUGCCAGCCAUGUAUUGGGUUCACACUGAUUGUCCUGCGGUGUCGGGGGACAGGCCGGUGUUUGGCCUGCGCAGAACCUGUACGUACUGUGCCUGUGUCUCUGAUUUUUUUUUCAUGCUGAGGGUUUUUCCUGAAACACUUGCCGUUUAAUUGAAGUUUCUGGCACGCUGCAUACUUGGAAUCGGUUUCUGUAAAUGACUAUUUUAACCGAAACACGUGGUUAAAAUAAGAAGAAAAAGAAAAGAAACCCUUUUCCAAACAGGGCAGCAAGUCACUAACUUCAGAACGGAAGUUUUUUUUUACAAACAAUCAUGAUUUGAAUCUGUUUGUGAUCUGUCAACUAAUAUGAUUAAAAUAUUUGCACUCUCUAAGCCUUGCGUCGUUAGUUCA